UCCGGUUUGAGCGGCAGGUGAGCCGUGCGUCGUGUGUGUGUGUGUGUGUGUGUGUGUGUGUGUGUGUGUGUGUGUGUGUGUGUGUGUGUGUGUAUCAGGACUGUUUUAGCCGCAUAUCUGACUGGAAACGCUUAAAUAAGGCUGUGCGUAAAGACAGCAGCGCGCGUGUGCAACAGAUGUCGGCUAAUAAUAACACCCUGCUGCGCCUUUAAGAGGAUGAGUGAGGAGGAAACCUAAUAUGUCUCCAUAUCGAGCUCCAGUCUGCAUCAAUUAACAGUGAGAGGAGAGCAGGACGCGUUCUGACUCGGACCCUCUGCGCUCCGUUCAGAACUCCACUUGCUUUUUGCUGUUUUUUGGUUUUUACGCACACAGACGGAUUAAAUUACGCAUUGCGCCUUUAAGAAGCUGUCAACUGGAUUAGAGUUACGCGCAGCCGUCGGCCGGGUCUCCUUCUUCUUCCUCCUCCUCUCCCUCAGUCCGUCCUCCUCUUCCUCGCUGGUCCUGACGCCCGCACACACCGCCGACAUGGCCGAGCCAGGGAAAGGUGUCACCGCCGGGAAACUGGCCAUCAACGUCCAGAAGAGGCUCACCAGAGCGCAGGAGAAGGUCAUGCAGAAGCUCGGUAAAGCUGACGAGACCAGAGACGCUGCCUUCGAGGAGAUGGUGUCCAACUUCAACAAGCAGAUGGCUGAAGGCACCAAACUGCAGAAGGACCUGAAGGCGUACCUGACGGCCGUGAAAACGAUGCACGACGCGUCCCGCCGGCUUCAGGACUGUCUGGCCGACAUGUACGAGCCCGACUGGUUCGGUAAAGAGGAGAUGGACACGCUGGCCGAGGACACAGACACUCUGUGGUUAGACUACCACCAGAACAUCACCGACAAAUCCCUGAGCUCCCUGGACACGUACCUGGCUCAGUUUCCUGACAUCAAGGCUCGCAUUGCGAAGCGCGACAGGAAGAUGGUGGACUUCGACAGCGCCAGGCAUCACUUCGCCUCCUUACAGAAAGGCAAGAAGAAGGACGAGGCCAAGGUCGCCAAGCCAGCAGCCCUGUUGGAGAUGGCGGCUCCCAGCUGGGCUCAGGGUUUGAUAUCAGCCCACCAGGUGGCUCAGACUAACCUCUCCUACAACCAGGCUGAGGAGGAUCUGGGCCGAGCUCAGAAGAUUUUCGAGGAGCUGAACGUGGAGCUACAAGACGAGCUUCCAGCUUUGUGGGAGAAUCGUGUUGGCGUCUACGUGAACUCAUUCCAGAGUCUGGCAGGUCAACAGGAGAAGUUCCACAGGGAAAUGGGCAAGCUCAGCCAAAACCUGAACGACAUCAUGACCAAACUGGAAGAGCAGCGGGAGCUGAAAAAAGGAGGUACUGCAGCAGCAAAGACAGGCGACGGUGCCAAGAGUGAGGAGGCCAACCACAGUGAAUCAGCGAGCCCACCAGCGAAGGCGGUGCCGAGGCCCGGUCCUCCUCCCAGUCGGCCUCCGCCCCGACUGACGCCGUCUCCGGACCUGAGACAGCAGCAUGAAGUGCCUGACACAGAACCGGCCUCACCGCCGCCGACAGAGCAGCAGUCUGAGCCCUGGUCAGGGGUCAACCUGCUGGACUGGGAUGUGGAGGUUUUACAGCCCGUCACACUUCCAGCUCCCAAGAGUGCGGUGACCAAUGGCGCAGAUGGCGAUCUCCCUCCUGGUUUCCUCUACAAGGUAAAAGUGAUACAUGACUAUUCUGCCACUGACGGUGAUGAGCUGGAACUGAAGAUAGGAGAUACUGUGCUCGCUUUGGCCUUUGACAACCCAGAUGAACAGGACGACGGCUGGCUCUUGGGCGUGCAGGAGUCUCACUGGUUGCAGAACAAAGAUAUUUCAGCCAAAGGUGUUUUCCCUGAGAACUUUACUCAGAAGGUUUGAGGUUCCUGCCACACCUGUGCCCCAGACUCCUCAGACAUCGUUAUCUUUUUUUUAUUAUUAAGACAUGGUCAAAUCAUCACUUGAUGUCUAUUUACACACCCAAAAAGUAUCUCAAUCUCUGUGGCUGUGAUACCAACUGAAUUAUUUGUGUGGCUGAAAACGGUGCUAGUUAGUAGAACUCAUGAAAACAUUUACACAAACCAGACUGAAUGGAAGUUAAAAGAUGAUAAUGGGUACAAUUUACCCCGACUCACCAGUGGUAAAUUAUGCAAAUUCAUGUGCAUCCAAAAAUUAAACUCAUUAAUUUGUUUUUGUUGAUUUCUUAUUCCUGAAUUAUUUAUAUUUUUGCUGAACUCAAACGAAACACAGAAAAAUGUGUUGGUAAUAUCUGAAAAGGAGAAAGAAGUCAUGGAUGUACUGUAUGAAUGUCAACAUGUGUUACGUUGUGUACUGUCAGCGGCUUUUGAAAACUCUUCACAGUUCCUUGCAUGAAGCAUUUGAUUGUAUUGUCAUUUACUUCACUGUGACACCAGCUGGGAUCGCUCGGUGAAAUGCGUCUGAAGAAGCAGGUGUCCUAGAGUAGAGCCCUGGAGAACACCACGGAUAAAAACAGCACGUUUCUAAACCUUUUACAGUUUCUUGGGCUUGUAGGAUUAUCAAAGGGAACAGUAGUUUUUCAUUUAUUUUAUCGGCCAUUUUGAGGACAUGACUUGAUGUGUGGCUUACAUUUUCUAAUGCACAUAUGGUUUUAUUUUGAUUUUUGAAUCAUCUUUUCAUUGAUGGCUGAAAUGCAAAACCUUGUCAUCCAACUCAUCUGCUGAUUUUUUCUUUUUCUUCAUCUGCUCGAGUUACCACUAUUUUUAAUUAUUAACCACUAGUAAAGGAAAACACAUGGAGUGUUUGAUUCCUUCCAGGCUUUGAGUCCAUGGAGUCUGUAACUGUAAUGCAAGCAGGUAAAUGAGAGACUGAGGCUCAAAUAUUUAAAGUACAGACCUUUUUCUGACUCAUACAAAAUGUAUUUUUACAUUGUGUGGAAUUAAUGAACAAGUGGUAACUAAUACACCAUCUGCUGGAUCAAAUCAACAUCAUUAAAGAUGAAUGAAACAACA